AGACGGCGGUAAUUGAGGUUGACAGUGAGCUGAUCAGCGAAUCCCACAGCGAACAACACGCCUGACUGAGUGGUCCACUCCACGUCUCCUCAACGGUGCAGCAAGACAAUGUCGGGACCGAGGCCUGUGGUGCUGAGUGGCCCGUCCGGAGCGGGCAAGAGCACACUGAUGAAGAGGCUCAUGAAGGACCACGAAGGAGUGUUUGGAUUCAGUGUGUCACACACAACAAGGAACCCUCGCCCUGGAGAGGAAAAUGGCAAAGGCCUCAACACGCUCCCUUUGCUUCUGGGGGCUACUUUACUGCCCGUAGCAGAUGUCUUUUCCUCCGAAGACUUAGACACGUCAUUUUCGUGUCCAAAUGAAUCAGAAACCACACAUGAAGACUACCACUACACCACCCGAGAGGCCAUGCAGGAGGGCAUCCAACGCGGCGACUUCAUCGAGAACGCCGAGUUCUCUGGCAACCUGUACGGAACAAGUAAAGCUGCCAUAGAAGACGUGCAGGCCAAAAACCUGAUCUGCAUUCUGGAUGUGGACAUCCAAGGAGUGAGGAGGAUUAAAGAGACGGACCUGAACCCCAUCUACAUCUCCAUCCAGCCUCCAUCGAUGGAGAGUCUGGAAAAACGUCUGAGAGACCGACAGACCGAGUCAGAGGACAGUUUACAGAAACGUCUGGAGGCAGCUCGCAUUGAUAUGGAGCUCAGUAAGGAGCCAGGAGUGUUUGACGUUGUCAUUAUCAACGACGACUUAGAACGCGCUUAUGAGGAGCUGAAGGAGAUCCUUAGUGAUGAAAUCCAAAAAGUUCAGGAGACCAAAUCCUAAAAUGAGAAAUUCAUCAGCAUCUCAGAGUGUGACAAAGUGCUGCAUGUUCACCAACUUCUGUGAACAAAGCAAAUAAUAAAGUCUCCCCUGGAGAAAUGUUGUCUUUUA